UGGAUUCCUCUGGUCCCGUGCGGUGUAAUGAAACUGUAACUUCUCAUGCUCAGCUCUGUCACCUGGUUGCAGACAUGGAAGCUCUCGAGCCCUUUUAUGGGAGCACUGUUUUUGUUGCCGCUUCAGCACUUCUUUCCUCCUUCAUACACCACCGCUUUCAGGUCCAGUGGAUAAUGGCCAUCAGAACCAGGAAAUUCCAGGACUUUGUGUGCGAACCCAUAGGGGACAAGCUUAUUACGGCAGUUGAUGGGGUUAACGAGGAGCUUGGAGCCAAACUGGCUGCCAAGGGCUUUGACAAGGCAUACAUCCUCCUGGGCCAGUUCCUGCUCCUGAAGAAGGAAUGUGCCCUGUUCCAGAAAUGGCUGAAGUCCUGUUACGGAGCCAGUAGCUACCAGGCUGCGCAGUGUGCCCUGUGUCUCUUGGAGUGGUGUUACGCAUUUCUUUAA